AUGGAUAUCAUUUCGAAGAUCGCCCUGGGGCAAGAGCUUGAGUGUGUUGCUAAUCCAUACUUUCACAAUGAGUUUUCUAGCCAUCUCGAGGCAUCCUUCAAAAUAGGUUGGACAGUUACAGCAUUUCCAAUGCUUUUCUUUUCGGCAUUCGCGUUAAGAGUCCCUUCCGCAACAUCUUUCAUCCUUUUCCCGCUGCCCAUAACAAUUCUAAAACGUACCCAAGAGUCUGCCCCCAGCAUCCAUAGCGGCGCAAGAAUACCGGUGAUUGAUAGGUUAACUGACCCAAAUAUCGUUGAGGGCUAUGUUCCACCAAGCUUAGAUGAACUAAACGGCAAGCUCGUAAUGCUAUUGACUACAGGGAAUGAUACGACUUCCAACGAUUUGAUUUUCGGCAUUUACAAGAUUUGUACCAGUCGCAUGGUGCAGCAGCGUUUGACAGAAGAGCUUAUAAAGGAAUUCCCGUCACUUGACGAGGAGAUCACUUACGAUCACGCGAGGAAACUACCCUACUUGACGGCGACAAUCAAGGAGACACUGAGACUUGGGAACCCGCUUCCAGGACGUCUCCCUAGGACGGUAUCAGCUGAAGGAUAUAGUCUGCAUGACAACUUUCUGAAGCCUGGGGUGAUCAUACACACAUCAGCUUAUGUGCUUAAUCGCCAGUCUCUUUCGACGUUUUCGGAUCGAGCCACACGACACAGCCGAUCACGAUACGGAGUGGAAGGAUCUCAUUCUAGUAGUCUACCGAAAGAAAUUCUUGGAGAAUAUUGA